AUGUGGGAUCGAGAAUCUGACAAGGAGAUCCAAGAUCUAAUAACUUUGAAUCGGUUGGAUGAGAUCCUGAUGGUGAAAGUCGAAGGCGAGAUCGCACAGAUAUCAGCUGUAACGACCCGAUCUAAGGCUAGAUCUGGAGUGCGUAUUGGAUCUGAUCCAGACUCCUUACGAGAGGAAGUCGUGAGAGAGCUACGAAUCGAGCGGAUCCGGCAAGCGCAGGACGAAGAGUCGUGGAUCCUGGACUUGAAGAAGUAUUUGGUUGGGAAGAUCCGGGAUCUGACACAAGAGGAUGCUAAGAUAUUUGGAUCUAUUGCUAUGAAUUAUGAAGUGGAUCAGUCGGAUCUACUCUUCUACUGCCCGACAACUAAAGAAGCAGCUGCAGAUCGAGAUAAGUUGAUGCGACUGGUGAUACCUGAGACACUUCAACAAGACAUUUUGCAUCACUAUCACACGAGCCUACAGGGUGGCCAUCAAGGGAUCGGUCGCACCUAUGACCGGAUCCGUGAUCAUUUCCACUGGAGAGGGCUGUACAAGAGUGUACAGCGAUAUGUGGGAGAAUGUGUCGACUGUGAAACAGGCAAAGGACGACCCCGGAUCCAGGGUGAGUCACCUGGUAACCUUCAGGCGACAUACCCAUUCCAGAUCAUUGCCAUGGAUCGUAUACCUUCAUUGCCUAGAUCCUUCAACGGCAAUACCGAAUUGUUGAUCUUCGUGGAUCUAUUCUCGAGAUAUGUGAUCGCCAAGGCCAGCGCCUCUAGAUCCGCUCAGACAAUCGCUGAGACCUACGAAGAAUGUGUCUUCCGCAGAUUUGGUGCGAGUGAGGUGAUCCGGCAUGAUCGGGGGCCAGGCUUCAUGUCUGACGUUUUUAAAUCUUUCAACAAGAUCCUGAGACACCGCCAACGUACUACCAUGGCUUAUCGACCCCAAGCUAAUGGAUCGGCAGAGCGUAUGGUCCAGACAACUACCAGGGCUCUUAAGAUGUAUGUGCAGGAUCUGGAUCAACGAGAUUGGGACGAAUACGCUGAGCGGCUCACCUUCGCGAUCAACACUGCAAGAGAUCGGAUCCGAGGUGAAACCCCUUUCUACAUGAUACAUGGUUGGGAUCCUAGAUCUACUGUGGAAGCGGUGAUCCCGGGAGCACUCGCAGGCACGAUCGAGAUCCAAGAAGAUGGUGAUAUCAGAUGCAAAAGUACUAUCAACAAGCCCGAGAACAAGUGA